UCAAUCGUCCCAUCUCUCUAUCCCCAGUCACCAUUCCUCAUCCACAUCCACCACACAUGAAGCAACUCAACAUGCCCAACUCUGCUACGAACAACCUCUGGCCAGAAUCAGAAGAAGCAAUCCACUCCAUCCUCACAUCCCCCUCAACCUCACAAACCUUCACUCUACCCUCCGGUCGCACCAUCGGCUACGCAACUUUCGGCUCUUCCUCCCCCUCUGCACCAACGAUCUUUUGUCUCCAUGGAUUUCCCGGCUCUCGUCUUUCCGGUAUAUUCUUCCACUUUCCAGCGAAGGAGUUGGAAGUAAAACUCAUCGCUAUCGAUCGACCUGGAAUAGGACUAUCUUCCCCACAGCAGGAGAGAACAGUGUUAGAUCAUGUACAAGAUAUCAGAGAUUUUGCUGGGGGAUUGAAAGUGCAGAGGUAUGCAGUUUUAGGUGUUUCUGGUGGAGGGUUAUAUGCACUUGCUUGUGCCGCUGCGAUUCCUAGCAACGAAGUAGCAGCUGUUGUAGUGGUUGCUGGUUUGGGACCCACUGAUAUUGGAUUCAAGGGAAUGGGAUGGGGUAAUUGGUGCAUUUUCCAGGGGUUCAGGUAUUUCCCUUGGUUGAUCAAUUUGUUGCAGGAAAAGGCUCUUGCGGCGAUGACUACCAUACCGAAAGAGAAGAUCGUGGCGAUGACAGUGCGGAAAGCGGGAAAUAGUGUAUGGUUGGGAGGUGCACAUCCUGCUGAUAUACCGCUUCUUACAAACGAGGGGUUUGUGGAACUGAUGGUUGAUAUUCAACAAGAGCAUUUUAUCCAAGGUGUUGAUGGGUUUAUGCGGGAAGGAAAGUUGUUUACCUCUGAUUCUGGAUUCAGGAUUGAAGAUAUUGCUGAAGAGGUGCAGGUGGAUUUGUGGUAUGGGAAGGAAGAUACAAAUGUACCGAUGAGUAUGGGAGAGGAGAUUUAUAAAAGGAUGGGUGGAGGGAAAGAUGGCAAGAAGAGGUUUUUCGGGGUUGAGGGGACACAUUUGGGUGUUAUAUUGGGUUGUAGAAGGAAGAUAUUGGAGAGAUUGGUGGAGAGGAUAUGAUGUUUUGCGGCUUUACGUAGCAGUUUGACGACUUUGUCUAUUCAUCCUUGUUCCAAAAGCGUCGCGUUCUGCCACUCUCCGUCUCAGUCGUACCAUGGUCAACCCUCUGGCAGAUUAGAGUAUUUCGGAAAUGGAUGUGAGUCACAUGCACCUAAUUUGUGACAUGCAAGAUUACAGAGACCAUAGGUACGACAAUAACAGUCCUUCGCUGUGUGACGAAGCGUCUUGUAAUUGUCCUUGGACCGUUGUUGUAUUCUUGCUUUAGUCACAGCGAAUUGUGCACAGC